AUGAAAGGACCAAUACGUAGCGGCGAGAAAAUCGAAGCCAGAGGCCAAACGAAAGCCCUGAGACCACGACAAGCGAGCAACUCCUCAGUAACGUGCUUUGGCCCACCAGACUAUUUCAAUACACUCAAUGGUGCAGGCGGGAAUUUCAACGUCUGCGGUGGAGUCUCCAAUAUCCUAGACACAGCCCAGCACCGAGACGUUCUCCACGGAUACUCUGGAGACUCAGCAGAAACAGAUUUUGCCAGCGGAGACACUGUGUCUAUUGGCGAGCUGUCGAACGAAUUCUCGCCUGUCGAGGAAUGGAAGGAUCCUAAUCAACCCUGUACUCUGAGUUUGCGCUGUGACGAGAUCAGCAAUCAGGAUGAGUUCAGGAUCACUGACAUUCAAUCGGCUAUGAAUAGUAUCUUGGGAAACUGCUCUGAUCCUGAGAAUGCUGGUAGUGGCUAUGGUGGGAAGACGAAGCUGGGAAGUAAGGGAUUCUGGGUCUAUCUCUACGGCUACGAUAAAUCGCACUGCUAG